GGAUUAUAUGUAAACAGUUAUAUUAAUUAUGUUGGAACUGAAUUAAUUCAAGACUCUAGUGAUUAAAUUAAUAAAAAUAUAUCAUAUAUAAUUUAAUUCAUAUCAUAAUUUUUGAAAGUGAUGUUCCUUGUUUCUAAUUGAGGCAUCACAUACAUACAUUAUUAAUAUUAUUAAACUGCAAAUUAUUGUUGAUAUUAAAAAUGAAACCGUCCAAAAAUCGUGCUGGGCGCUUGUCAAGUUUAGCAGAGGAUAUGGAUGUGCCAUUUCGUUCCCGAUUGCAUAUGCUAUUUGCACAAAUUGAGAAAGAGUUCGAGCUGCUGUACAUUGAAAAUUUAAACUUGCAGGACAAAUUAGAAAACUGUACCAACAAGGACUCUAAUAUUUCAUGUGAACGUUCUGGUGCCAGCAUUAAUGUUGGAGGAACUUGUGCAGCAGCGGCGAUGAUUGUUCCUACUGCUUCUAGCCAUGAUGACGUUGAAUCUGCUACUGGUUCUAAAAGUCUCAAAGCAAAAUUAACUGCGACGGGAAAUAAAGUAAAGGCGAGUCAUAAAAUUAAAGCGCAAACAAGUCGCAUUGUAUCAAGUUUCAAGCCAAAUCAAUCGGUUGUCAGCACAACAGUGCGUGAAUUUUGUGGCCAUAAAGAUGGAGUGUGGCAUGUAGCAGCUAAAGUUGGACAACCAAUAAUCGGUACCGCAUCAGCUGAUCAUACAGCUUGUAUUUGGAGCAUAGAAAGUGGUCGUUGCCUUUUACAAUAUCAAGGACAUGCUGGUUCAGUGAAUUCAAUUAAAUUCCAUCAAAAUCGAGAUUUAGUGCUAACUGGCAGUGGAGAUGGUACAGCACAUAUUUGGCAAGCAGCAGUCAACUGGGAGAUUUCAAAGAAAGGACAUUCAUCUGAAGAAGAAUUGGACGAUAGCGAAGAACAAGUAGAAGAUCGAGAUCGUUUGGAUACAUUACGCACACCAGUAUGUGAGUUUGCAGGACCUGGCGGUCAUACAUCGGUCGUUGUUGCUGCUGACUGGUUACCUAAUUUAGACCAAAUCAUUACCGGUAGUUGGGACCGCACUGCUAUACUUUGGGACGUUGAAACUCGUGAACCAUUGCAACCACUUACAGGACAUGACCAUGAACUAACUCAUGUUUCUUCACAUCCCACGCAAAGGUUAGUGGUAACUGCGUCACGAGAUUCAACAUUUCGCUUAUGGGAUUUCAGAGAUUCUAUACCAGCUGUCUCUGUUUUCCAGGGACACACAGAAAGUGUGACUUCGACAGUAUUUACAAGAGAUGAUAAAGUUGUUUCGGGCUCUGAUGAUCGAACAGUAAAAGUGUGGGAGUUGCGUAAUAUGAGAUCGGCACUUGUUACUAUACGUACGGAUGAUUCAGUCAACCGUUUGGCGAUAUCAACAGGUGGCAUUAUAGCUAUCCCACAUGAUAACAGACAAAUAAGGUUGUUCGAUUUAAAUGGUCAACGUAUAGCGCGUUUACCUAGAACGAGCAGACAAGGUCAUAGACGCAUGGUAUCAGCCGUUGCAUGGGCUGAAGAACCCCUGCUUAAUUGUGACCUAUUUUCUUGCGGUUUUGACAGGCGCGUAUAUGGCUGGUCUAUUAUAAUACCAAAAGACAAUUAAAAUUUGAUAUUGAACAAAGUAUUAGAAAAAUAUCGUCCCCUUGAAUAUCACGUUAAAAAUAAUUUAUAAGGUGUUUUAAUAGUAUUAAAAGAUUUGUUGAUGUUAACACAUAGAAUCAUUUAGAAGAAUUCUUACAUAUUAUUUAUAACAUAUUUUAUUAAUUAUAAAAGUUAAUUUGUUACACUUAUUGAAACAGAAUUUUGUUGAUAAAUAAGAUAAGUUUUUUGAUUACCACAGGGUUUUGUCAAAAAACUUAUUGUAAUUUAGUCGUAAUAACAAUUAUUUAUAAAUCAGAUUAUAUUUAAUUCCUUGUUAGCGGAAUGAACAAUUUGUUAUUAAAAAACCGUAAAAUAAAUACUCUUUAAUAGGUAAAGAAAAAUUAUAAAAAAAAUUUGAUCACACUUAGAGUAUAUACAACAAUAUUGAUAUUUUCACCUUAUUAUUGGUGCUUAAAUCCAAAUUGAGAAUUUAUGAAUAUAAUUUAUAAUAUUUUUAAUGCCAAAUAUUUUUCCUUUUCGUAAUUUAGUGUUUCAAUGUUUAAUUUUGUUCACACACACGUAAUUUAGUAUAAGGGUAAAAUUAUAUAUCGAAUAACUUUUAGUAA